AUGUCGGUGCACAGUGACGAUGCCGGGUCGACAGACACACUGUCGAUCGCCGGCUCAAGUUCGUUUUGGGAACCUGGCAAUUUCAAGUGGACGACGAAGCGAAUUGAAGAUGGCAACAAACUAUGUUCGGACUAUGUUACCCUGCUUCAGGAACGAGCUGAACUGGAAAAGAACUACGCCAAAAGUUUGCGCAGUUGGAGUAAGAAGUGGGAGGACCACUUCGACCGUGUCAUUUUAUUCAAUUUGUUCAUUUUGGCUCUAUGGUUGAUGUACGAGUAUAGUGAAGUAUUUCAGUCGAUGAUGCAAUUGAAGGAGAAAAAGGAGAUGGACGAUCGUUUCCGGAAAGAACAGAAACCUUGGGAGAAGCUGUACAACAAAGUGAACAAAGCUCGUUCAGAUUACCACAAUGCUCGCAAAAAUGAGCGAACUGCGCUAAAUAACCAACUGAAUGCGAGCAGAGCUGACCCAACGACUCCCGACGCUCCAACUGCGAAGAAGGCAGCAGAGCGCGUGGAAAAGGCCAAAGAGCUGGUGGCGAAAACUCGGGUCAUUUAUGAGGCUUCCCUCAAGGAAAUCACCGAGUACAACCCGUACUACAAAGAAAGCAUGAGGAAAGUGUUCGAGGCUUGUCAGGAGGUCGAGGCUGUACGGCUUCGGUUCCUGAAGGAAAUCCUCUACGACGUUCACAACUGCCUCAACAUAUCCUCUUACACAGAGCUUCCCGAGAUUUACAACGAGCUCUUUGCGACCAUUGAUUGCGCGGAUCGUGAGAAGGAUCUGCGUUGGUGGUCGCAAAACCGCGGGGUCAACAUGAACAUGAAGUGGCCGGAAUUCGAGGAAUAUACUGAAGAAUUCCGGGACAUUUCCAAGAAGCACAAGAACGCGGGAGUUGCAGAAUCCCCGAUCACGUUGAUCAAUCAACGGUCUUUUGGCGACGAAAUUCCCGACGUUGACAAUGUCUCCAAAUCCUCGAAAAAGAAAGCGUCAAAAACGUCAGCACCGUCAUCCGGAUCAUCCAACAAAAACGACGGACGUGGAACAAAUGGAAAAUUUUCGAAUCCGCUUCUGAACUCGAACCAGAAACAAGCUAAAAAUGCUGCCAAUAAGAGACCGAGUGGCAUCAAAGUGAGCCCAGUUUUCGAGGAUGAAGAGUGGGAAGAACCUGGUGACGAGGAUGGUGUGAGCGACAACGGCGAAGACGGCGUCCCAGUAAAAGCGCUUUACGACUACGACGGGGUCGAGAAGGACGAACUUACUUUCAAAACCGGGCAAGUUUUCGAGAAAUUAGAGGACGAAGAUGAACAGGGUUGGUGCAAAGGGAGACUGGAUGGUCGAGUGGGGCUCUAUCCAGCAAACUAUGUUCCUACCAGGAUCCCCCACCCUCAGAUCUUUAGCGGGAUCUUGGACAUGGAUCCGCUUUUUCAUUCUGGGUGGGUCAGGAUUAUAAUUGAUUUCGGACCGAGUGGCAUCAAAGUGAGCCCAGUUUUCGAGGAUGAAGAGUGGGAAGAACCUGGUGACGAGGAUGGUGUGAGCGACAACGGCGAAGACGGCGUCCCAGUAAAAGCGCUUUACGACUACGACGGGGUCGAGAAGGACGAACUUACUUUCAAAACCGGGCAAGUUUUCGAGAAAUUAGAGGACGAAGAUGAACAGGGUUGGUGCAAAGGGAGACUGGAUGGUCGAGUGGGGCUCUAUCCAGCAAACUAUGUGGAAGUGCUAUGAACCCGUUCAGCUCAAGUCACUUAUCACCCAUCAACGCCUUGCAUUCCAUUGCACAUCUUAUACCCAUGUUUUUUUUUUUUUCGAGGACAUUUUAUUCAGUUCCUGGCUGUAUUCUAUUCUUUCUCUUAUUUCUUCGCGGUUGCGUCCUUAUUAUUUAUUUUACUAUUACGUUCGGUUUCAAGGAGCUUUGUGCCAAUUACCAAGGAAGGACGUCCGGCCUUUGUCUUUUUUUUUUCUCUCUUGGCGAAUUAUGCAAGGAAUAAAGUUUUGAGUGUAUGUGGAAAGAACGUUUGACUCGUUGAAGCGUAUGCAUAUUUUAACAUACAAACUGAUUCACAUCGAAAAGAACCUGCUGGCGAGUGUUGUAAGCAAAUAACUAGUCCCUUUUGUUGGCUAUGAGAGUGAGGAAAAAUAAAAACACGUUUCCGAGAAUAA